AUGACAAGCAAUAAAGAAACAAGAACAACAGAAGUUGAAGUUAGAAGAUGGUUCGAUGAUGUCAUAAAUGAUAAGAAAUAUUUUUCUGCUAGAAUCCUUGAAAAUUUUGCAAAUACAAUUGGCCAAAAUGUGGAAAUAACUGCUAAAGUUGGUGUUAUGGUAUUCCUAAUUUUGCUAAUUUUUGUAAAAGAAGUAAGUCAAUUUGCCAUAAUAUUUAGAUUUUCUUCUCAUUUUUUCUUUCAGGCUCAUUUACUCGCCAACUUUGCAAUCAUACUUAUUCCAUUUCUUCAAACUUAUGUUUAUCCAUCAGAAAAACCAACUCCAAAUAUUCAUUUUAUUCAUCAUAUUAUAUUUGGAUGUUCAGUUUUAUUUGAUAGAAUUCUCGAAUUAAUUCCAUGUUAUUAUGUUUUGAAAGUGGCACUUUUUGUUGCUCUUUAUCAUCCGCCAUCAAAUAGAUGUAUUGAUAAUAUCGAAAGUUUAUUGGUCAAAAUUGCAGGAAAAAACUGA